UUUUUUCAUCAAUUUAGAAUAGAAUAGAAUAGAAUGCCUUUUAUUGUCACUAUACACAAGUACAAUGAGAUUUAGAGCAUCUCCAUCAGUGCAAGGGCCGGCUAAUAGCAGUAAAACAUCAAAUAUUCUCUUUUUUCAGUAAAAUUCUCACAUUUAAGAGGCUCAAAACAUCCAUUUUGGCAGUUCUGCAAUGCCAAAGCUACUUUAAUGAGUAUAAACAACUUUUUCCUCAAAAAAGCACAUUUUUGGGUUGAUUAAUCAUGCAAAAGAGUGCAACAUUUAGCAAGAUGCAGAGAUUUGUGCAGUGAUAUGCAAAAUAUCUGUUUUCAAGGCUGUGCAAUAACAAAAAAAGAACAAUAACAGAAAUAGGGGGAAAAUCCUUAAUUAGAAGGAGGUAGAUAUUGUAAUCCUAUCAAAGAAAACUAUCUAAAAUAGGCCUGUAAUCAAUUUUAUCUCAGUUUAAAGCCUAAGAAGUUAGCAAAAUUAGCAAAAAAAAAAAAUCACAUCUGGAGGGGGUUUUGUUUGUGUUAUGAUCAGAUUCUACCUCCAAAAACAGUGUAAACACAGUAUUUUUGUUGACAAGUACAUGGAGCAUACAUGCCGGGUACAGAAAGCUCAAUUGCAGCGUGUGUGAACGUGAAAAACUGAUGUUUAUUCUGUGUUUUUGGAGAUCCACUAUCUUACUCCCUGAUGGAGAAAUCACUGUGUCAGAGGGCGACUUGACAAACCAGUCCGUCAACUGUUGCCUCCGUCUGUCUGGUCCCACGAUGUCACUGCAAGACCUUCAGUAAACCAGAGCAGACAGAGGCCACGUACUGCGUUCGCUCUAUAUGCUGUGGUUGUGAUACACAUAACCCACAUAUAUCCUGUAGCACAUGCCUGUUUACACACAGUCACGUAUUACACAAGUCUGGUGAGAGUUCAGGACCUGUCCCCUGCAAUACGAACACUAGAUCAACAAGAUCAAGCACGCUCCGAUCAAUAACGUCUGUCCCUAGAGUUGACCGAGGACAGCCGGGCAGAUAAAGAUGACAUUUUACGUAAAUGACAGAAGAUUUAACAGUGAAAGUUAAAGGUGCAGAAGCCUUACAGAUGUGUCCAGAAGUUGUUUUGUCAUAAUAACACUUGUUUUCUUGCCUUCGUCUGACAAUUUAGUGUAAAAGCAAGUGAAAUCUGUAGCUAAGAAUUGCUGGAAGUGGGUUUCAGAACACAAGCUUUGGACACGGUGCUGUUAUGUUAUGGCUCAAACAGAUGUUCUUUACCCCGCUGUGAGCAGCUGGGAACUCCAGCAAACUCCCACCCACACACACCUCAGGAUCCACUCUUUAAAGUGGACAGACGAGUAGGUAGAUAGUCGAAGUAACAGAGUGUUUAGUAUAAUGUAAACAUAAGAUCCCCUGCUGCCUUUAAAAAUUUUAGUUAACUGCACUUAUUGAUGGCUGAAUGAAAUCAACUAAACUUAAGAAAACAAGUUCAGUAAACUUUAAAAUGUUAGAUUGAAUCGAGUUGUUGCAGACAAACUUUUUUCUGUCUCUUAUUCUUUUAACUUACAGUUGCAGGUUAAGAGGCUACUUUAUUUUACUUUAUGACUUUAUUUUUUUCCUUUUUACAAUGAGAUUUAAUACCAGUACUGAACCAACCAGAAGGUACUUUAAUUUGUAUCAACAACACCAGAAAAUUUCCACUGUGUCUGUUUCCUCAAACUACUAAAACAAAUAAAUACAAAAAUAAGCAUCCUUAGGAAGUUUGAACUUUUUAGCAAUGCAUCCUGGGUAGUAUGUGCUAAUUUAAUUCCUUAUAAACAUCGUCAAGUCAAAUUAUGAGUUGUGAUAUUAUUAAACGGACGGAGUUAAAUCAACUGAACUAAAGAAAACAUGUUCAAUUAACUAGAAAUAUUAAAUUGAACCGACUACAGUUUAUACAGACUUGUUUUUCAUUUGCGUUUUCUACAUUUCAAGACUUUGUUCUUCAUUUCACUUACAGUUGCAGUUAAAGAAGCCAUUUUCAAACUUAACUACUUAAUUUUUUUUCUUUUAACACGGAGAUAAAGUAUUAGUCAAAGAAACAACAGACAGAGUCCAUCACAUCUGUUUUAUCGUCAGUCAUUUAAACUUUAUUCAUCUUAUAAACAUAAAUUCUUUUGAGUUAAUUGCACUCAGAUUAAUGAGUUCAAAGUCACUAGCUAAGUUGUGAAAUUAUAAAAAUCCUUAAAUUAACUGAACCCAAGGAAACAAAUUCAUUAAACUUAAAAUAUUAAUUUAAGUCAACUAGUCACAAAGACACUGGCUGCAAACAGAUUCUUUCUACAGUUUUAACAAUGAUUUUGAUUGAAUUUUAGCUCAGAUUUGGUUCUUUUCCCAGUAGAACUGCACAUCUUACAUGAUAUGGUCAGAAAACAUUGUGAAGUUGAAAAUCUAGUAAUUAUUUCUGUUUUUACAGUUUCUGGCUCUAACAGAUUGAGUGAUUUUGUAGAUUUUUAAACUCAAAUGGUGGUUUUUAAAAGAAGACACUGCAAAUGUCUUGAUACCCAAAUUCCAGACUUUUGUUUUGUACUCAUCAAGAAUCAUUCCUCCUUCUGUUCCUCAGAGAUUGCUGAGUGACGGUUUUUCCCUCCAUCUUCCGGACCAUGACCUCCACCAUGGCGGGGGACCUGUACAGCCCUCCAUCCCCACUGGGAGACUCUCUCCUGGGCAGUCCGCUGUGUGGAGACCUGAUGGAGGAUCUCCGAGUCAUUUCCCAGUCGAUAGGAGACGAUACGCUGGGGUUCGAUUUCCCAGAGUACCAGAGCAUCGAUUCAGAGUCCAACAGCUCCAUCACACUGGACACCUUGACUCCCGCUUCCAGUCCGUCGUCGGGGGUUUGUGGAGCAGCUCCAGACCCAGACAAGAGCUUCAGCCCCCUCAACCUUGAAUGCAAGGUCUGCUCGGAUAAAGCUUCUGGCUUCCACUACGGCGUUCAUGCAUGUGAGGGCUGCAAGGGUUUCUUUCGGAGGACCAUCAGGCUGAAGCUGGUCUAUGACAAGUGUGAACGCAGCUGCAAGAUCCAAAAGAAGAACCGCAACAAGUGCCAGUACUGCAGAUUCCACAAGUGCCUGUCUGUGGGAAUGUCCCACAAUGCCAUCCGGUUCGGUCGAAUGCCCCAGGCGGCGAAGCUGAAGCUCAAAGAAGAACGCAAGAUGGUAGAGAGAGACGUGGAAAGCCCCAUGAAGCCUGACCACAAGAUUCUGGUCAGACAGAUCCACGAAGCCUACAUGAAGAACUUCAGCAUGAACAAGGCCAAAGCACGACUCAUACUCACAGGAAAAACCAGCAAGCCGCAGCCUUUAAUCAUCCACGACAUGGAGACGUUCCAGCUAGCGGAGAGGACGUUAGAGUUCCACAUGGUUAACGAUGAGUAUCCGGAGUCUGAGAGCAGCCUUCGAGCCGGACAGGGGAUUCCAAUGGAGAUGUGUGGGGAGCUCCAGCAGACGGACGCUGAAGCCAGAAUCUUCUACCGCUGCCAGAGCACGUCGGUGGAGACGGUCACGGAGCUGACGGAGUUUGCCAAGGCUGUGCCGGGUUUCCAGAACCUGGAUUUGAACGAUCAGGUGACCCUCUUGAAGUACGGUGUUUACGAAGCCUUCUUCACCCUCCUGGCCUCCUGCAUGAAUAAAGACGGGAUCUUGGUGGCUCGUGGCGGCGGCUUCGUCACCCGCGAGUUCCUCAAGAGCCUCCGGCGACCAUUUAGCGACAUGAUGGAGCCCAAGUUCCAGUUUGCGAGGCGCUUCAACUCUCUGGAGCUGGACGACAGUGAUCUGGCCCUUUUUGUGGCUGCUAUUAUCUGCUGUGGAGACCGUCCAGGCCUGGUGGACGUACCUCUGGUGGAUCGGCUGCAGGAAAGCAUUGUUCAGGCGCUCCGACUCCACCUGGUGGCCAACCACCCGGACAACACCUUCCUCUUUCCCAGACUGCUGCAGAAGCUGGCUGACCUCCGGGAGCUGGUCACGGAGCAUGCUCAGUUUGUGCAGGAUCUCAAAACGACGGAGGACACAUCGCUGCACCCGCUGCUGCAAGAAAUAUACAGAGACAUGUACUGAAAAGGUAGCAAGUGGACAUAUAUCAUAAUUUUAUACCCAAAAGCGGGUAUACAGCAUUAACUGACACCACUAUGCUCAUUAAUAUACUGGAUGCAAACUGCUGUGAUCAUGAGGACUCACUACUACUGGUGCAAAACUAAUUUGUUUAGGGGGAAAGGCAGCUGGAAAACAACCAUAGAUGUGCAGAGAUUUUCUUUAAAAUCACCCAAAUGCGUAUAUGUAGGUUGUGCAAAGCUGCAUAGAAGUCAUUCAUGCACUGAAACUCUAAGCUAAUUCUGCCUGUGACCAUAAAUGCCUUUGGAUGUAGUUUAAUGCCGUUUUCAUGUCCUUUUAUUGUACAUUUGUGCCUUAUUGAAAUCAAACAGCUGCAUCAACCACAUAACAGAGCCUCAGCCGUACUUCUUCUGGAAGGAACCGCCUGUUGAAAAUACUGUAAUUCCAUGUAUUUAUACUAAUCCUGUGUCAUGCCACACAACAUGCCAGCUCACUUUUUUUCAGGAUUUCCAGUGUUCCAGAGUACAAUAUGUUUUGUACAAAUCCUGCCAUUGUGACUUUAUUUUUUUUCCUUUGGGCCAGUAUUGAGUAUUUUCACAAUAAGCACAAUAAUCUGUUGGACUGGUUUAUGAUGUGUUUUGUAAAUAUAGCAAGAAUGUAGUGACCCCGGUGAAAGGGACAUUUGUGUGUCUGCAGAUAGUUUAAAAAAAGGCCUCAGAAGGAGGAGCUGAUACUUUCUGUGCCUAGAAAUCCAAAUGAGACGGUUUAUAUUUUUUAUCAUGUACAGUAUGUUAGAUUUCGUAAAAAAAAAUAUCUUUCCUGUUUCAAUGAAAGGAAUUGUUUUAUGUGGUAGCCUUUAAUAAACUAAUAUGAUUACCUCA